AGAGAGAGGUCGUCGGCCGCUUGGCGGCUGCGACUCCCUGGGCUCCGGCGGGGGAGCGGCCCGGGCUCGCGGGGCGAGCAGUGUGGGCUCCCGCGCCCCCUCCGAGGGAGAUCGCGGGGUGGCAGUCCCCGUCGGCUCCGCCGCGCGGCCGCUUCAAUCCUCCCCCUCCCCCGCGCACGCCCUCCCCCUUCCUUUCAGUAGGACUCCGGGACUCGGGAGAGGGCGCGGGAGGCAGGCACACGGGCCCGACCCCACUCCAGCGCUCGCCGGGGACGCGGGCGGGCGGCAAGGGGACGCGGAGGGGGCGCGGGGCGGGCGCGGCCCUAGAGCGGCGGCGGCGGCGGCGGCGGCGGCGGAGGCAGUAGCGACCGCGGGCGGACCAGCGGCGGCAGGGCCGGCGGGCGCCGGGGACCGAACUGCACAGCUCAGCAAAAGCGCCCCAGCCCUCGGCGCGCCGCCUCCUGCGAGCCCAGCCGGGCAACAUUUUGUAACCCUCCAAUCCAUCCUUUGGAGCAAAGGGGAGAAAAAUAGCAUUGAACGGAGAGAUGGGGAAACCGAAAUAAUAUAUAUCUGUACAUAUGCAUAUUUAUGUAUAUGUACAUAUAUGUAUAUUAUAUUUGGUUCCUGCUAAAAUUAGCCGGGCUCGCCGCGCGCCUGUGUGCGAGUGUGUGCGAGUGUGUGUGCGUGCGGGCGUGUGUGUGAAUGUGAUUACUCCAGGACUCCUCGGGCUCCGGAGACGCCAUUUUCCCCCUUGAUAUCUCUCUCCGUAAAUCGGUGGCGCGGCGGAGGCGGCCGCGGCGGGCGGGAAGCGCGGGGCUGGCCGGGGCGCUCGCCGCCGCCUGCGCGCCCGGGGGCCCCGGCGCCCCCCGAGCGAGGGCGGCCCGCCCCGCGCGUCGCCGUUUGACAGAUGCUCGUCGCUAUGGAGUUGCCGCAGCAGCACCUUUGGGGGCUCGGACGAGCGACCGGAGGCGGAAUCUAAGCGAGCGCCCGGGCCAGCGGAGUCGGAGCCGCCGGGACAUGGAUCUGAUCCCUUCUGAGGACUUCAUCACAUCUCCGGUCUUGGGACCUUGAAUCCAACAGCUGGACUACUUUGUUCUUGGAAUUUUGGGUGUCUUCUUUUUUUAUCUUUUCUGCUCCCCUUCAUCCCUUUCCCCAUCCUGAGAACUCCUGAAGACUGUAGGAUUAUCAUGGAGUCCAGGGAAAUGUUAAGUAGCUCCCGUCAAAGAGGGAGCGAGUCGGAAUUCCUUCCAGGCUCUUCAUCCAGGUCCCCGGCAGCUCCUGGUUGUUCAGGAGAGCCCAUGAAAGGCAUCUCUGUGGGUGGAGAACGCAUGGAGCCAGAGGAAGAGGAUGAAUUGGGCUCUGGACGAGAUGUGGAUUGCAAUUCUAAUGCAGACAGUGAGAAGUGGGUGGCUGGAGACUGCCUGGAGGAGCAGGAGUUCUCCAUCAAGGAGGCCAACUUCACGGAGGGGAGUUUAAAGUUGAAGAUUCAGACCACAAAGCGGGCUAAGAAACCCCCCAAAAACCUGGAGAACUAUAUCUGCCCACCUGAGAUCAAGAUCACCAUAAAGCAGUCUGGGGACCAGAAGGUGUCCCGUACUGGGAAAAAUAGCAAAGCUACAAAGGAAGAAGAGAGAAACCACUCCAAAAAGAAGCUCCUCACAGCCAGUGACCCUGCAGCCAGCGACCUCAAAGCAUUUCAGACACAGGCAUACGAGAGGCCCCAGAGACACUCAGCGCUUCAGUACGACCCAGGUCACUCCCAGGCCUUCACCAGUGACACCUUAAAACCAAAGCACCAGCAGAAAAGCAGCAGCCAGAGCCACACGGACUGGUCCUCCAACUCCGACAGUGGACCAGCUACUCAGAACUGCUUCAUCAGUCCAGAGUCUGGCAGAGACACUGCAAGCACCAGCAAGACCCCAGCUCUUGAACCCGUGGCUUCCUUUGCAAAGGCCCAGAGUAAAAAGGGCAGUACAGGGGGUACCUGGAGUCAGUUGUCCAGCAGCAGCAAAGACCUGCUCUUGGGAAGUGUGGCACCAUCCCCCAGCAGCCACAGUUCCCCAGGAACCCCUAGCAACUCAACGGAGUGCAAUGGACUCCAGCCAUUGGGAGAGCAAGAUGGCGGAAGUGCGAAGGAACUCCCAGAACCACCCACUGUCAGCAGCAAGAAGAAGUCCAGUAAAAAAGAUAUGAUAAGCCAAACCGUUCCAAACUCAGAUCUGGAUUGGGUCAAGAGUGCCCAGAAAGCAUUUGAAACCACAGAAGGGAAAAGGGAAACCUACCCUGCAGACAAUGCUCGACAGGCAUCGCCAACCCGGCAGAGCAUCACUUCCGUCAGUAACCCUGAAAAUGAUUCCAGUCAUGUCCGGAUUACUAUCCCCAUAAAGACACCUUCUCUGGAUCCAACCAGCCAUAAGAGGAAAAAGAGGCAGUCUAUUAAAGCUGUGGUGGAAAAAAUCAUCCCUGAGAACGCACUGGCUUCAGGGAUUGCUAUGAGCAGUGAAGUUGUUAAUAGGAUACUUUCCAAUGCAGAGGGAAGUAAGAAAGACCCCCGAGUCCCAAAGUUGGGUAAGAUGAUAGAGAAUGAGUCCUCCUCAGUUGGCCUUGAAACAGGUGGGAACGCUGAGAAAAUUAUCCCUGGAGGUCUGUCCAAGCAGAGGAAACCACCCAUGGUCAUGACGUCAACGACACGCACAGAGCAGGCUCCAUCAGGAAAGUUGCCUGAGAUCCAGCACCCCAAGUUUGCUGCAAAAAGGAGGUGUAGCAAGGCAAAACCUCCGGCAAUGCUUCGAGAGGCAGUGUUAGCUACUGCGGAGAAACUGAUGGUAGAGCCACCGUCCGCUUACCCCAUUACGCCAUCCAGCCCUCUAUACACCAACACGGACAGUCUAACUGUGAUCACACCGGUCAAAAAGAAGCGAGGACGACCAAAGAAGCAACCUCUGCUCACCGUGGAGACGAUUCAUGAAGGAACUUCCACUAGCCCUGUCAGUCCAAUCAGCAGAGAGUUUCCUGGCACCAAGAAAAGAAAGAGGCGGCGCAAUCUGGCUAAGUUGGCCCAGUUAGUGCCCAGAGAGGACAAGCCCAUGAGUGAGAUGAAGUUUCACAAAAAGGUUGGAAAGCUUGGCGUGUUGGAUAAGAAGACCAUCAAAACGAUCAACAAGAUGAAGACACUCAAGAGAAAAAAUAUCUUAAAUCAGAUCUUGUCUUGUUCAAGCAGCGUGGCCCUAAAGGCCAAAGCUCCCCCAGAGACCAGUCCUGGGGCACCAUCUAUUGAAAGUAAAUUGGGAAAGCAGAUAAAUGUCAGCAAGAGAGGAACCAUCUACAUAGGCAAGAAGAGGGGCAGGAAGCCAAGAACAGAGCUGCCGCCCCCAUCGGAGGAACCCAAAACAGCCAUCAAGCACCCCAGGCCUGUCUCUAGCCAGCCGGAUGUUCCAGCCGUGCCUUCCAGCUUCCAGUCACCUGUGGCGUCUUCACCAGCAGCUAUGCACCCACUUUCAACACAGUUAGGUGGGUCCAACGGCAACCUGAGCCCCGCCAGCACUGAAACCAACUUUUCAGAAUUGAAAACUAUGCCGAACCUCCAGCCCGUCAGUGCUCUUCCAACCAAAACCCAGAAGGGAAUGCACAGUGGGACCUGGAAGCUGUCCCCACCCCGGCUGAUGGCCAACUCCCCUUCACACCUUUGUGAGAUCGGCUCACUGAAAGAGAUAACACUGUCCCCUGUGAGUGAGUCCCACAGUGAGGAGACCAUUCCCAGCGACAGUGGCAUCGGGACAGACAACAACAGCACCUCCGACCAAGCAGAGAAGAGUUCAGAAUCCCGGCGGAGAUACUCUUUCGACUUCUGUUCCCUUGACAACCCAGAGGCCAUUCCUUCUGACACCAGCACAAAGAACCGGCAUGGCCACCGGCAGAAGCAUCUCAUUGUGGACACUUUCCUGGCCCACGAAAGCCUCAAGAAGCCAAAGCACAAGAGGAAACGGAAGAGCCUGCAGAACUGUGAUGAUCUCCAGUUUCUGGCUGAGCUGGAGGAGCUCAUCAGCAAGUUUCAAGUGUUCAGGAUCUCCCACCGGGGCUACACUUUCUACCAUGAGAAUCCGUAUCCCAGCAUCUUUAGGAUCAACUUUGAUCACUAUUACCCGGUGCCAUAUAUCCAGUAUGACCCAUUGCUCUAUCUUCGUAGGACUUCAGACUUGAAGUCAAAGAAGAAGCGUGGUAGGCCUGCAAAAACCAAUGACACCAUGACAAAGGUGCCUUUUUUACAGGGGUUCAGCUACCCUAUUCCCAGUGGAAGUUACUAUGCACCCUAUGGAAUGCCUUACACAUCAAUGCCUAUGAUGAACCUUGGUUACUAUGGCCAGUAUCCAGCUCCUCUGUACCUGUCGCACACACUUGGAGCGGCAUCCCCCUUCAUGAGGCCAACAGUGCCACCACCCCAGUUCCACACAAGUUCCCAUAUGAAGAUGUCCGGGGCAACGAAACAUAAAGCCAAGCACGGAGUCCACUUGCAGGGAACCGUAGGCAUGGGCCUUGGUGAUAUACAGCCAUCCCUGAACCCUCCCAAGGUGGGCGGGGCCACUCUGUCCAGCAGUAGGCUCCACAAGAGGAAACACAAACAUAAGCGGAAGCACAAGGAAGACCGAAUCCUAGGGACCCACGAGAACCUGAGUGGGCUCUUUGCAGGCAAAGCCACAGGCUUCUCCAGCCACCUCCUGAGUGAGAGGCUCAGCGGUUCCGACAAAGAGCUCCCGCUGGUGAGCGAGAAGAGCAAACACAAGGAGAGACAGAAGCACCAGCACGGGGAGGCCAGCCACAAGGUUUCCAAGAACAACUUUGAGGUGGACACCCUGUCUACGCUGUCACUUUCUGAUGCCCAGCACUGGACACAGGCUAAGGACAAAGGUGACUUGAGCAGUGAGCCUGUGGAGUCGUGUGCUAAAAGGUACUCUGGCAGUGGGGGAGACAGCACGAGAUCGGAGGGUCUGGAUGUGUUCAGUGAAAUGAAUCCUUCCAGCGACAAGUGGGACGGUGACAUGGGUGGGAGUAAGAGAAGGAGCUUUGAAGGCUUUGGGACGUACAGGGAGAAGGACAUCCAAGCCUUCAAGAUGAAUCGAAAGGAGAGAGGUUCUUAUGAGUCCUCCAUGUCUCCAGGGAUGCCAAGUCCCCACUUAAAAGUGGACCAGACAGCAGCACACAGUAAGAGCGAGGGCUCCGUAUCCACCAUGAUGGCCAGGAAGAAGGCAACUGCAGUGGACAGUGUUGCAAUUCCCUCAGCGCCCGUGUUAUCUCUCCUUGCUGCAUCUGCAGCAACAUCAGAUGCAGCCAGCUCCUCCCUGAAGAAGAGAUUCAAGAGAAGGGAGAUCGAAGCCAUCCAAUGCGAAGUGCGGAAGAUGUGCCAUUAUACCAAGCUUCUGUCCACCAAGAAGAACCUGGACCACGUGAACAAGAUCCUGAAGGCCAAGCGGCUGCAGAGACAAUCAAAGACGGGCAACAACUUUGUCAAGAAGAGGCGAGGCCGGCCUCGGAAGCAGCCCUCACAGUUCGAUGAGGACUCCAGAGACCAAAUGCCUGUGCUGGAAAAGUGCAUCGACCUACCCAGCAAGAGAGGCCAGAAGCCCAGCCUGAGUCCCCUCGCGCUGGAACCGGCCACAGGCCAGGAUGCUGUGAUGGCUACCAUCGAGGCCGUCAUCCACAUGGCUCGGGAGGCACCGCCGCUGCCCCCGCCCCCGCCCCCACCACUGCCGCCGCCCCCGCCGCCCCCACCACCGCCCCCGCCGCUGCCCAAGACCGCUCGGGGCGGGAAGAGGAAACACAGACCGCAGCCCCCGGCACAGCCCCCGCAGCCCCCGCCGCAGCCCCUUCCCCAGGAAGAGGAGGUGAAGGCCAAAAGGCCACGGAAGUCCCGAGCCAGCGAGAGUGAUGUCCUUCCCUAGGGCGAGCCUGGGUGGCGGGUGGCGGGAUCUGGGCAGGGACUGAUGUGGGGGAGCACAGCAGCCAGGGUGGAGCUGAUGCUCAGCCACAGGGACACCCCGCCCGUCUCUGCAGCGGGUGGGCAGGAUGGGCAGAGGGCAGGGUGGAGUUAUAGGGAGCUCUUGGGAUAGUGGAAAGAGGGGACCCCCUCCAAAAGAAAAAAGAAAAAAAAAAGUAGCUGCCGCUGCUGUUCAAUGGCGGGAUCCUUGAGGGCUGCAGAAGAGGAGGAACUUAAAGCUGGUGCUCAAUGAUGGCCACCUGACCUUCCUCAUCCCAGGUGUGCCCUUGAUUCCGAUUUCAUUUGCUGGUCAGAAAAAAAAUAAAUAAAUAGGAAACACCAUUAGCAAACAUUCCAAGGGGGAGCAAAGCUGCAGAUUUACCAGCUGGCUUGUUGAAAAGCCACUUCCGCAUAAUGGUUUUUAUUUCUUUUGGCUUGCAAACUCCACUAGGCUUUGGGGCACCAACAUCAUCUUCAAGUGACCCGAGAGAUGAAUCUUUCCGUUAACACCACAGUUGCUCAGAUGGAAUUUUGUGAUCAGAAAGUGGAAUUGGACUGAUAGGCGACCUUAGAUCUGCUCCUGUUCCUGUCUCGUACACUGAUUUUGCAUUGUCUUUUCCUGCUUUUCCUUUGUGUUGUAUUUUCAUGUACUCCCGUUAACUUGCUGCCUUCAACUUUGUGGUACACAUCUAAACAAGGUGAACUUUACUCCCAUUGUAAAGUACACUCUUCGAAUCCUGUCUCAAGGAACCUGCUUUGAAUCCCAAUCAUUGUGAAACACACUCAGUACAAUUUAGAAGCUUUUUAAUAAGCGACUCAGAGCAGCCAAGGGAUAUGUCAACCCAAGUGUCAGCCAGGUUAUUUUUAUACUUAAAACAUAUCAGUGGCGAAUAGGCAGGAAAAAAAAUGGUUUUAAUACCCCCCCCAGCAAGUGGAAUAACUGAUAAGCCACCAAAAAUCAAAAUCCCAUACCCACAAGAAAGAAAACUGUCUAGCAAUGCCUUGGUACCUGAUUAUUUUCAUGCAAAGAGCUGUCGUAGGUUGUUAAGAAAAAGAAACAAAGACAGUAGAAGUCCAUUAUCUCUUAAUAAUUAUUCCUUAAAAUCGAAGGGGAGUAAGUGUUUUUAUCUAAAAUAAAUUUUAAAAAGAAGUAUUCAAAGGGUAUCACCACUCCAAUUGUAUCAAGCCACCUUGGACAAAGUAUCCAAAUUGUGGUUGCCUUAAUACACUAAAACAUUGCUGUACAUAAUGUAAUUAUAAAUCUAUCAGUCUGCAUGGAUGCAAACUGUGUGUGACAAAUCGUCUUUGAAAUGGUCAAUUUCAACUGUACAUUUUCUCAUCCAAGUUGUACUCUAGCCUCUGGUUUAGUGUGGACAGAUAUUCCGUCUAUCAUCCAUUCCACAGCCCAAGUUUUGGACUUAACCCACUGCCGUAGAUGUUGUUAAAAGUCAGAUGUGGAAAUUUCAAAUAAGUAUUCUCAAUUUCCUCCCUUAUUCCUCCCCUUCUUCAAGACAUCAAAUACCUAGCAUCAUAGCUUAUAUAAAGAGAGACACAUUUUCUAAGGGGAAUUGGGACAUCUGGUUUACCUCUGAAUUAAGAUUCUUUACAGAAAGUUGAGACCAGCUAAAAAACUGCAUUAUCACUUCAGAACACAGGAUCUCCUUCUCAGAGAGAGAUGGAUCUUUUGGGGGAACAUAAGUGAAUAAGUGAGUAGUAUCUACUGAAGGAAAUUUGAAAGUCCCAAGUUAAUAUGCUUAUAAAUACACCACUGAGUCAUGGCACCAACAGUUGCUUGGAAUUACAGAGCCAUCCUGUUCUGCAUGGUCGAAAUGGACUUCAAGUCAUUUGCAGCCUGCUCGGUCAGUCUCUUUUAAUUCUAGCAAUACAUACGUUUAAAGGACUGUGCUUAUUUCAAGCUUUUAUCCUACAUACUCAGGUUAUGACCUGGGUUGACCUAUGGCAUUUCACACAAUUUGAACAGCAAAAUCUAAACAGCCAUUUUCAAUCUGUCACUCCCAAGCCAUGUCACAGGAGUAGCUCCAAAGUCACAGGGAGGAAGGUAUAGAUUAUCCCCUCCCCCACCACUGCUAUGAAAGAGCAGCCAUUUCCAUUCCAAUUAAGCCAUAAAAAGGGUUCUCUUCCUGAUGGACUUUGAAAACCAUUUCUUUCUUUCCUCCUUCAUUCUUGUGGUGUAGAGUCUCCCAAUCCAAUCUAUAAGCAGUCUAACCCUUCCUACAGAAGAGAGAAAUCUGGUGCUUAAUAAACCUCAAGGGACAUCUAUCAUUUAUUGGCAUUAACCUGUGAUUGGUGAUUAGCUUAAAAGAAGUUUGGGUUAGAAUUUCCAAAAGAGGAAAAGGAUUCAGUGGAGAUACAAUGGAUCUGCCACUUAACACAUGAAUUGGGGUGUGUUGUUAUCUGUGAGUUAAAUGUGAGUCACAUGGAAAUCUUUGCUUGCAAGCUCUGAGAAAUUUUUGGAAUACUAGAGGACCAAAGAGUGUCAUGGUGAACACCAGCUGACGAUACAAGAGAGCCCAUCUGCGCACAUGGUGGCUCCUUACCACCCAGUGACUUCCUCACUGCUGCAUCUGUUUUUCUUUUGUUUUUCACGAACCUGAUUGCUACAACUAUGUCUGUAUUCUCUAACUACACCCUUAACCUCUGCUCUGCUGACCAGGCCCCUACACGAAGCCAGUUGAAUUUCCACAUCUAAGUGGUUUUACAGCCAGAAAGAGAACCCAGCUCUUGAUUCAAAGUUAUGGAGGUUCUUAUCCACACAACACUGCCUUCUGGGGAUGCAUUUCUAUUCUGAGAGGGGUCGUUUAGCAACCUCAAUCAAGACUUCAUUUACAGACCCACAAAACAUUUUGUAAUGGUCCCUUGCUUUUAAUUUCAACUUUUUUUCCUUCUUUUUUAGAAUACUCCUUCAGCGAGUAGGUAGAGACCCACUUACAGUAUAAGGAGAUCAAUUAGAGAUGAGAAGGUAAACAUAGAUGCUAAAGCUCCUUAGAGGUGCUGAUGGGUCUUUAAUCCACCUUACUAAGGGACUGGAAAGCCAUUUGCUUUUUUAACCCCUCAUCUCAAAUGAGAGGAACAGAAGUUUAACUUCUUCAGAGAGCCCAGCUGUGGCUGUCAGCCAAGGAAGAAAGGUCAUAGGGAGGGAAAGCAUGGAAGCUUGCUCUGUGGCUUGGCAAGACCAGGACUCAGCAGUCACUGGCAGCCUAGCAAAGGUGACUGACUAAGGGCUAGCAGUCGAAUGGUGUGUAACCUUGCCUGCCGUCUUCAGUAGGAGGCCAGGUUCAGUGGCAGUCAACAUGUGUGUUCUGCACAUUGCUGUCUCUAUAAAUAUGAUAAGCAAGUGGUGACAGAAUUAUAGUAGAAGGUGAUAUAUUAUAAGCAGAUCAUAAAGGAUUUGGUAUUAAGACGUUUAAGUAGAAAAAUGUUACUCCUGGCUCAUUACUCAACAAUAUUCAGAUAAUGAGCUUGUGGAGUGCGAUUUGCCCUAUCACUAGGAAGGUUGACCUGGGAGCUGUCUAAUAGUCUAUACAGAUAUUUCCAAAGCCUUUAAAUGCCAACUGUAGCAUAGAGGGGGAGUGGCGGCAGCCGAAAUGCCUCAAAAGCCAUUUAAGUGUUAUGUCGCAGGAUUUUUCAGUCCUACUCAUUAUGUAAAAGUACAUAAAUAUAGACAUUUUUCUCAACACUACCCUAUCGUAUCACAAUGGUCCAAAUGCCAGCGCUUACAGAUAAUGUCAUCACAGUGCCUAGAAACUCAAACUGUAAUAUACCGUAGCAUCUUCUUGGUGUUUCUUCACGUUUCUUUCCACAAAGCAAGGCUCCCUCUGCCGCGUGUUUCUAAGAGAGUUCACCCCACUGAGGAGCCUGCCUUCCCUGUUGGACUCUGUCACUUGGGGAACAGUCAUAGAAGCACAUAUCAACCAAGGGAGAAACUUCCUGGAUAUCUGUCUCCCACUUGCCCAGGUAUAAUAAACACUAAAGAGGGGAAAACCGAGGAGCUGCCAACUGGUCAAUCUAGAAGGGUAGUUCUGCCCUGGAUUGGUGUCUUUCUUUCUCUUCCUUUUUUAAAAAGAAAUCUAUUUCUUAAAUAAUAAUAAUAAUAAAUGCACAUGAUGUGUUAAAUAUGUACAUAUAUAUUUCAAAAAAAUGGGCACAAGAUUGUCUUACAGGUCCUUCUGGAUGAUUUUUAGUUUGUAUUCAUAAGUGGUUUUUAAAAGCCUUUUUUAAAGUGUAAUUUGCAUGUUCUACUUUGAUUGUAUGUAAACAUAUUUUAGAACAAAAAUGUAUUUGUAUUUUAUUGAAUAUAGAGGCAAGAAAAAUUGUACAUUGUUUGAAAUGUUCUUUUGUAACAGUUUUUAUUCAUAAAGCAUUUUUGUACAUUGAAAUGAACAUGGGCUUGCUGUCAUUUGAGGCGUAGCGACAUCUGGCAUGCUUUUCUGUCAUGCUCUCCCAUGGUCUUAGAUGUUGGGUUUUAAACAUUUUUUUUUCUAAAAGAAAGUUCAGUCUCUUUCGCUACCAGAUCAGGUUAGCACAGUACAGAGCACUUAACUAUUAAAAAAAAAAAAAAAAAAAAAAAGUUGAUCCUAUUCAUAUGUUAUUCAUUGUGUGAAAUUAAAGACAUUCAAUUCAGUCUAA